CUUAAUUACUUGCAGCUGUCCCCCAACUUAAUCUGGAUCCUCUCAUUUGUUGGCAUUGGGCGAUCCCGGCUUGGACUGACGUUUGCUGCAGAGUGCCUGGGUGUGGAUAGCACAUUCUCGACGGUUACCGGUAGUUACCGGUACCAACGUCGCAUUCCUCAACAUUUGCAUUCGGAAGGCUUCCAGACUGGACUUGCCGUGAUCAUUAAAGGAAAUUACAUGCCCGUGUCAACUUGCAUACAGACUGUUGAACAUACACUGCUGCUGGCUUUUUUUCUUAAUCGUGGAUAUAACAAGGUAGCAGCUUGAGGGGAGCGCACGGCGAGGGAGUUCCGAUGAGUUCCUCUUCGGGCCCUCCGGCCCAGCCCUAUGCCACAAAUUACACCUACAUAUACGAAUACUCAAGAGGCUUGAAUGGCGUCGACGUGCCACUGGACAACCUCAUCACACAGACAAUAUGUGCCUCAUUAGGGCUCGUCGCAGUCACGGUCUUCCUAAGUCGGGUACUGGAAAUCUGCAAUGCUUACAUCCGUCACAUCAGCUGCCUUUCGGCGUCUCGAAGGCAGCAACACUUCUGGAGUUUGGAAGGAUACAGCGUCUGGCCGAAGAUCAAGAAACACAUUAUCCACUCGCCCUUGUUUAGGAAGAGGCAUCAUCGCGAGUUCCAGCUGUCAUCGGCGAUAAACAUGGGAGUGCUACCCUCUCGACUCCACGCAAUCCUUCUUGUUCUCUACCUUGCCAGUCAAGUGGCCUAUUGCUCAAUUCUCGAUUAUGCUGUAAAUGAGAAGGCUGCACUGGUUGCAGAGCUGCGUGGCCGAGCAGGAACGCUGGCAGUCCUGAACAUGAUUCCUCUUUUCCUGUUCGCCGGACGCAACAACCUUCUCAUCUGGCUUCUCGGAGUCAGCUUCGAUACAUACAACUUAUUCCAUCGGUGGCUGGGACGAAUAGUUGUGCUAGAAGCAGUUGUACAUACAAUAGCAUGGUUUGUCAAUGCCUCUGCGGAGCAAAGCUUUGCAGCCGCCAUAGACCGCAUUCGCAACACCCCAUUUUUUACCUACGGCGCCCUCGCCACUGUUGCCAUGAUUUUCCUCAUCAUUCACUCUCCAUCUCCUAUUCGUCACGCCUUUUACGAAACUUUUCUGCAUUUGCAUCAGCUCGCCGCCGUGCUUGCCCUUGUUGGCGUUUACUUCCACCUGCGUCUGGACGCUCUCCCACAGUCCCCUUGGAUCUAUUUGAUCUUAGGCAUUUGGAUAUUCGAGAGGACUAUGCGAUGGAUACUCCGGUUUCAUUUAAAUGUCAGCCUUCGAAACGGCACUACCGUUGUCGUUGUCAAAGCCCUUCCUGGCGAAGCAUGUCGCGUAACAUUCCAUCUCCCUCGACGAGUACAUGUGAAACCUGGUAGCCAUGUUUAUGCCUUCAUCCCGACCGUCGCGUGGUGGAUGUCGCAUCCCUUUUCUGUGGCCUGGGUUGACCCCAGCUCCUGUGUGACACCACCCUCACACCCGAUUGCGGCGCUCAAAGGCACCGUCGACCCUUAUGAAAUCUUUGCAUACACCCCGUCCUGUCUCGAAAAGCAAGACCCCUUCCUCCACAACGUCUCACAUAUCUCUUCAUCGAAUAUCCCCACGCCCACUAAACCACAAAAAACCUCUAUCUCCCUUGUCAUGGCAGCCAGGUCCGGUAUGACGCGCAAACUCUACGCCAAAGCUUGGGCCUGUCCCAACCAUACCCUCCGCACAUUCGGCUUCGUCGAGGGCCCUUACAACUCCGGCAACUGCGCAAUGGGCAGCUACGGCACCGCAAUCCUCUUCUCCGGCGGCGCUGGCAUCACCCAUCACCUACUACACGUCCGCGACCUGCUCGUCCGCGCCGAUGAUGGCUGCGUAGCGACCCAGCGCAUAUAUCUCAUCUGGUCUGUACGAUCAAUAGAAGCCCUGAACUGGAUUCGCGAAUGGAUGGAUCAGAUCCUGCAACUGCCCAAUCGCCGACAAAUCCUAACAAUCAAGCUCUUCGUCAGCAAGCCGAAAAUGCAAAUCAAAAGCCCCAGUGAAAACGUCCAAAUGUUCGCUGGGCGUUGUAACCCAAGCGUCGUGCUCGACGAGGCACUACCGAAGCGCAUCGGCGCGACGGUGGUAUCUGUAUGCGGCCCUGGAGCAUUCGCAGAUGAGGUGCGAGUAGCUACAAGGGACAAUAUUGAUAAAGGCAUGAGUGUGGAUUUUGUAGAAGAGGCUUUUAGUUGGUGAUUUCAUUCACGGAUGAAAGAUACGAUCGUCUUCGUUUCUUCUUCUUUUUUUUCCUGCCCUGCUCUUUGAUCUAGCGUUUCAAUGCGGACAGCACUGCAUAAUGAGCUGCUCUAAUUUUCUUUAGAGUGGAUCGACCAAUUAGAACUUAGAUAUCAAUUGAUAAAUGUAUAGAUUAUCAAGCAUCCCUUGUAGAAAUCGAU